UGGGUAGCUGAAAAAACCAGCACAAACAUGGCGUCUUCUCCUUCAAGUCCUGGUUCGCCAACUGGCACUCUAACACGGGAGAGCUCUAAGAAAGAUACCGGAAAGCUUGGCUGGGUUGGAACGCUUACUCGACGGAAGAAAGGACAAGAAGUGAAUGAGCUAGAGACAGAGGGCCGGUUGGCAAUUGAGUCUCCAACAACACCCAUUACAGUAACUCCAGACACAUUUGAUUUAGAUGAAAAUGAAGAGCGCUCGAUGGUGGAACCUGCUUCUCUUGAAAAUCCAAAAGUCAAGGAACUACAAGAGGUUUUAUUAGACUGGAUAAAUGAUGAACUCUCAGAUCUGAGAAUUGUCCUCAGAAACAUUACUGAAGAUUUAUAUGAUGGCCAAAUCCUUGCCAUACUGAUGGAGAAACUCGCAGAAAUCAAGCUUGCUGAAUUUGAAGAAGUUACCCAGUCAGUAGAGAGCCAGAAAGCCAAGUUGUCUGUUUUACUUGAACAUGUAAACAAGCUCCUAGGGAUUCCUCAGCAACGAGCAAAAUGGACGGCAAAUACUAUUCAUAACAAAGAUAUCGUAGCCAUACUACAUCUGUUGGUUGCCCUGGCACAUCAUUUUGAGUGUCCACGUAAGCUGCCUAGCGGUGUCACAAUAAACAUGGUUGUGGUGCAGAAAAAGGGUGGAAUCCUGUUACCUAUGAAGGUUGUCGAGGAAAUAACAGCAGCAAAUGAAGGAGAGGAUGCACAAAAUGGGAAGCCAGAGAGAGAUGCAUUUGAUGCACUUUUUGAUAAUGCCCCUGAAAAACUGAACGUUGUGAAAAAGUCGCUGCAGAGCUUUGUCAACAAGCACCUGAGUAAACUGAGUCUGGAUGUUGCUGACGUCGAUUCACAGUUUCAUGAUGGUGUUUAUCUUAUUUUCUUGCUGGGUCUCCUUGAAGGCUUCUUUGUUCCUCUGUACCAGUUUUACAUCACACCUUCCAACAAAGAACAAAAGCUUCAUAAUGUAGCCUUGGCUAUCGAUCUCAUGAGAGACAGUGGAAUGAAGUUUUACGCUAAACCAGAAGAUGUAGUUCAAAAGGACCUCAAGUCAACAUUAAGAAUGCUCUACUGCUUGUUCCAGAAGUACAAGAACUUCAAAUAGUUCACGAGUCAGUGUUCCUUGGCUUGUGUAUAAUUUCAUUCUAGUACUACGUAGGGACAAAGUGCUACAGACCCCAUCCUUGCUGCUCACAUGUUAUUUAUCCCUAGUAUCGCAGUGUUGCGUUAAAUUAGACAACGAAUAGUUUCUCUUUCGCUUAGUUCAUCAAGGUGACGCGAAAAAAAAUAUGCGAGAGAAAAUAGCUGCGCGAAAAUGUGUGGAUAUUCUCUAGGAUAGUGCGGUAAAUGUUAGGGAAAUGGAAACUCCUUUAACUUGUUAAUACGGAUUAUUAUUUUUGUACAAUAAAACCCUAAGAGACUAUUUUGUACUAUAAAACGGGUCUACAGGUUAGAGUAAAUCUUUUGCAAGAAUGUAUUUGAGAGGCUGUUUUACCAAAAAAAAACCCUGUUGUUUUAAGUAGUCAAUGCACCUAGCUACACCUAGCUAGUUCACUGGCCUGCCACUUGAUC